AUGAACACUCUAAUUAGAAAGCGACGGAUUAUGCUUAAUGCUGCUACUGACAAUGGAAAUGAGCUAGUAGCUACUGUCUUGGAUAAUUUGUCUUUGGUGAAGUCAACGAGGAACAGAGUGCAGAGCGUGUUCAAUUUUGCAAUUCCAAAUCCGUGGCGUGCUGACUUUGUGUAG